CUUACAAGUCAUCGUCGCGCUUCUCUCCCUUCAUCCCUUCGCUUUCAAUCGACCCUCGUCCAUUCAUUUUUCGUCCUGGAUUUCCCCUUCAGUCCACGUUUCACCCCCCUCCUCCACUCGAUCGCUCAACCCCAGCCUGGUGCUGUGUUCGCGUGUCUUACAGGGGGCAUCCCGGGUCUCACCCUCUCUAAUCCGCCGUCUCUCGUUUUCUUUGCGGGUUCUUCGAAACAGUCGUUUUAUCAUCCAUUGCGCCAAAAAGAAAACAUCUAUUUAGAAUCAUACGGUUCACGCCUCUCACUCUUUCACUCACUCUCUCUCUCUCUCUCUCUCUCUCUCUCCCCGUACACUUCACCCAUCUUGUUCAGGGUCUCAUUGGCACGGUGCUGUAACGCAUUCUUGCCCGAAGACGACUCGAUCUAUAUUCCUGAAAAGGCCCGACUCUACCCCUUCCGACUGCCAGUUAUUCUCCACAGGAAUAUCUUAUCGACAAACGAGCCGCAGAUUCAUUUAGAUACAGACAACAGGCUGUCAAUAGUUCGAGGCGUACAGACCAGUAUAAGGACGGACUAAACCCGCUCGAUAACAACACCACACCAACACACCCUCCAUAGUUCUUUUGCUGCAUUCAUGGUGGCAUAUUCUGCAGAGACCUCCCCAUCCUUUCGCAAGCCAGCUCAAUUUCCAGAUUCGUCUCCAAAAAUGGUGAGAUUUCGACUUAGCAAUAUAUUCGGCGAUCCAUUCGCGCUCUCCACCAUCUCCAUCUCCAUACUUGCCUGGUUAAUCGCACUCAUCUCAUCGAUUGUUGCGGACAUCGACGGUCUCUACCCCUCCCUAUCGUGGUGGACAAUAGCCUACUCAUUCUGUCUGAUUGUGGGUGUUACUGUCGUCUUUGCAUCUGACACCGGCCAUAUCUACAGUGUCGCGACUGUGGGAUUCUCAGCAGUAGGCUUGGGGUACACUACUACAAGCAUAAACACAUUGGUCUACUCGCCGCAAGGUUCCAAACAAGCUGGUGCAGCCGGGCUUAUUCUCCUAUCGAUAGUUAUCGCCAUAUGGAUUUUUUAUUUCGGCUCUACUUCGCAAUCAUCUCACCGUGGUUUUAUCGACUCGUUCGCCCUUCAAAAGGAAUAUCCCGGUGCAUAUAGAAAUGGCAGGGUGACAUCAGGUGCCUUUGGUUCUCGCCAGGAGACGACCAGCCAUGCACCCCAGAUGUAUACUUCUGCGCAGCUCAGUGGCUUUGAGACCUCGUCUCCAGUCUCUGCGUUUCCAGGUGGGGCUCCUGGAUCCGAUCGGCGCAAUUCUUCCCAGCCACGCUUUGGCCCAGAUGGCAACUCUACAUCUGCACAGGACGAAGUCCCUCAACCCACAGAGUACCCGUACCGAGCAAAGGCCAUUUAUUCCUACGAUGCCAAUCCCGAAGACGCCAACGAGAUUAGCUUCUCUAAGCACGAGAUCCUAGAAGUGUCCGAUGUGAGCGGGAGAUGGUGGCAGGCCAGGAAAGCAACAGGAGAAACGGGCAUUGCUCCAUCGAACUACCUUAUUUUAUUAUAGUUCGGACAGGAGCAAGACACAGUCGGUUUUUGUUUUCUUUUCCCUUUGGUCUUGUCGCUUUUUUCUUUUUCUUUUUUCGAAAGUGCUUUUUGAUACCCUUGGAAUACUAUCUCGAUAUGAUUCUGUUUACAAAAUUCAUGUCACGUUUUGAUGGCUCUCUCUGGAACUCUGUUCGGGCUUUUUUUUUUUUUUUUUUUUUCUUUACAACUUCUACCAGCAAAGGAGCAUGCUGAUUAUUUUUGCUUAUCUCGAAUUCCAAAUGGGAUCCUACCCGCCAUCUCUAUGCUUCAGUCUAUUAUGUCCAAAUAGUGCUUACUCUCAGUGAUCACUUGAUGUUUGUUUUGAACUUUUUUGUCCUUGUGAAAAUGAAUGGGAAGGUUUCCGAAUCUGUCUUUUCACGCCCUUUAAGGCGUUUGUUAUGUGGGAAGGUUGGUCUUAUGUGCAUGAUUUGUCUUUCUUAAAGAUGUCUGUAUAGGCCUUCCCUGUAGAGUGAUCUCGUCUUCAUCUUGAAAUUUACCUGCCAGUUGGCUUCAACUACCCUCUUCCGAAGAUGGCCAUAACUUCUGAUACAUCUGGUCCCCUCCAUGUACACAUAGACAUGCUGUAGGAUUUCCAGAGAAUAUACCUGGGCAUUAUACCCCUAU